UCGCAGCCUGUUCCCCCUGCCCCGCCAGCCCCGCGCCCCCGUCUCGCGCCAUGGCGGCCGCCGCCGAGGAGCCGUUCCCGUUCCACGGGCUCCUGCCCAAGAAGGAGACCGGCGCUGCCGCCUUCCUCGCCCGCUUCCCCGACUUCGACGGGCGGGGGGUGCUGCUGGCCGUGCUGGAUACCGGCGUGGACCCCGGGGCGCCGGGCAUGCAGAUUACAACUGAUGGGAAACCGAAGAUAAUUGAUAUAAUUGAUACUACAGGCAGUGGUGAUGUAACUACAUGUACCAUUGCAGAACCUAAAGAUGGAGAAAUUACUGGUCUUUCUGGAAGAACUUUAAAGAUUCCAGCAAACUGGGUAAAUCCUUCAGGCAAAUAUCACAUUGGCAUAAAAAAUGGUUAUGAUAUCUAUCCUAAAGCUCUUAAGGAGAGGAUUCAGAAAGAGCGCAAGGAAAAGCUCUGGGAUCCUGUUCACAGGCUGGCUUUAGCAGAGGCUUGUAGGAAACAAGAAGAAUUUGAUGCUGCUCAUAGCUCUCCCUCACAGGUAAAUAAGCUAAUAAAGGAAGAACUUCAAAAUCAAGUGGAAUUGUUGAAUUCUUUUGAGAAAAAAUACAGUGAUCCUGGCCCAGUGUAUGAUUGUGUAGUGUGGUAUGACGGUGAGACCUGGAGAGCCUGCAUAGAUACAAGUGAGAGUGGUGACUUAGCUAACUGUACAGUGCUGAGAACCUACAAAGAGGCUCAGGAAUAUGGAUCUUUUGGAACAUCUGAGAUGUUGAAUUAUUCUGUGAAUAUAUAUGAUGAUGGAAACCUCCUUUCCAUUGUGACAAGUGGAGGAGCACAUGGAACACAUGUGGCAAGUAUUGCAGCUGGAUACUUUCCAGAAGAACCAGAACGGAAUGGUGUGGCUCCUGGAGCUCAGAUUCUUGCAAUCAAGAUUGGUGAUACAAGACUAAGUACAAUGGAAACUGGCACUGGUCUGAUAAGAGCUAUGAUAGAAACAAUAAAAUACAAAUGUGAUCUUGUCAACUACAGCUAUGGAGAAGCAACACACUGGCCAAAUUCUGGGAGAAUUUGUGAAGUGAUUAAUGAAGCAGUGUGGAAACACAAUGUAAUCUAUGUUUCAAGUGCUGGAAAUAAUGGUCCUUGCCUUUCUACAGUUGGAUGUCCUGGUGGAACUACAUCUAGUGUAAUAGGUGUUGGUGCCUAUGUGUCACCUGACAUGAUGGUUGCUGAAUACUCCUUGAGAGAAAAACUGCCAGCAAAUCAAUACACUUGGUCAUCCAGAGGGCCUAGCACUGAUGGAGCCCUUGGAGUAAGUAUCAGUGCCCCAGGAGGUGCUAUUGCUUCUGUUCCAAACUGGACUCUGCGAGGAACACAACUCAUGAAUGGCACAUCCAUGUCUUCUCCCAAUGCAUGUGGAGGCAUUGCGUUAGUACUGUCAGGACUCAAAGCUAAUAAUGUUCAUUACACUGUUCAUUCUGUCAGAAGAGCUUUAGAAAAUACAGCAGUGAAAGCUGAAAACAUAGAAGUAUUUGCACAAGGACAUGGCAUUAUUCAGGUUGAUAAAGCCUAUGACUACCUCAUUCAGAAUUCAUCAUUCACAAGUAACAUCGGCUUCACAGUUACAGUCGGCAGCAACCGUGGAAUCUACCUCAGAGAUCCAGCCCAGAUACUGGCACCAUCUGAUCAUGGGGUUGGCAUAGAACCUGUCUUUCCUGAGAACACAGAAAACACUGAAAGAAUAUCUCUCCAGCUUCAUUUAGCUUUAACUUCAAAUGCUCCAUGGGUCCAGUGUCCUAGUCAUUUAGAACUUAUGAACCAGUGUCGACACAUAAAUAUUCGUGUGGAUCCACGUGGCCUGAGAGAAGGAGUACAUUAUACAGAGGUGUGCGGAUAUGAUACAGCAAUGCCUAAUGCAGGCCCUCUGUUCAGAGUUCCAAUCACUGUUGUUAUACCAACAAGAGUAGAUGAAUCAUCAAGCUAUGACCUGACAUACACAGAUGUUCAUUUUAAACCUGGUCAGAUCCAAAGGCACUUUAUUGAUGUUCCACAGGGAGCUACAUGGGCUGAAGUGACAGUGUGUUCAUGUUCAGCUGAUGUGACUGCCAAGUUUGUGCUUCAUGCUGUUCAGCUUGUGAAACAAAAAGCAUACAGAAGUCAUGAGUUCUACAAGUUUUCAUCCUUACCAGAAAAAGGCUCAGUGACUGAAGCAUUUCCUGUCUUAGCUGGAAAAACCCUUGAAUUUUGUGUUGCUCGGUGGUGGGCAAGCCUUAGCGAUGUUAGCAUUAAUUACACAAUUUCUUUCCAUGGUGUACUUUGUGGUGCUCCUCAGCUAAACAUGCAUGCUUCAGAAGGCAUCGCACGGUUUGAUGUUCAGUCCCUGUUGAAAUACGAAGAUAUUGCUCCAUGCAUAAAUCUGAAAAGCUGGGUUCAAACACUCAGACCAGUGAGUGCAAAAAUAAAACCUUUGGGCUCCAGAGAUAUUUUACCAAAUAAUCGUCAACUGUAUGAGAUGAUUUUGACCUAUAACUUCCAUCAGCCUAAGAGUGGAGAAGUAACUCCAAGCUGUCCACUUCUUUGUGAAUUGUUGUAUGAAUCUGAAUUUGAUAGUCAACUAUGGAUUAUUUUUGACCAGAACAAAAGACAAAUGGGUUCAGGAGAUGCCUAUCCACACCAGUAUUCUGUGAAACUGGAGAAAGGCGAUUACACUAUUCGGUUACAAAUUCGACAUGAGCAGAACAGUGAGCUGGAUCGCAUCAAAGACCUGCCAUUUAUUGUUUCUCAUAGGUUGUCUAGUACCUUGAGCUUAGAUAUUUAUGAAAACCAUAGCCUUGCUCUCUUAGGGAAGAAGAAAUCCAACAGUUUGACACUACCACCAAAACACAGUCAGCCAUUCUUUGUUACAUCUCUACCUGACGACAAAAUACCUAAAGGAGCAGGACCAGGGUGUUAUCUUGCAGGAAGUCUUACUCUGUCUAAAACAGAACUUGGAAAGAAAGCUGGGCAGUCUGCAGCAAAGCGACAAGGAAAAUUUAAAAAGGAUGUCCUUACUGUUCAUUAUCAUCUUAUACCAUCACCAUCAAAGAGUAAAAAUGGCAGCAAAGAGAAAGAAAAAGAACAGGAAAAAGAAAAAGAUGCAAAAGAAGAAUUUGCUGAAGCUUUAAGAGACCUAAAAAUACAGUGGAUGACCAAGCUGGAUACCACUGACAUGUAUAGUGAGUUGAAAGAAGCAUUUCCUAAUCAUCUUCCUCUGUAUGUUGCAAGACUUCAUCAGCUGGAUUCUGAAAAGGAACGAAUGAAAAGACUUGAUGAAAUCAUUGAAGCUGCAAAUACAGUAAUCUCUCAUAUUGAUCAAACAGCAUUAGCAGUAUAUUUUGCCAUGAAGACUGAUCCCAGGCCUGAUGCAACUACUAUAAAAAAUGAAAUGGAAAAACAGAAGAGUACUUUAGUGGAUGCACUUUGUCGAAAGGGAAGUGCACUGGCUGACCAACUUCUUCAUCUGCAGACCCAAGAAGGGGCUGCUUCCAGUGAUGCAGAAGGCAAAGAUGAGGAUCAUGAAAGCUGCUCAGAAGCUCUGACAGAGACAUUCUGGGAAACAACAAAAUGGACUGAUCUUUUUGACAGCAAGGUUUUGACUUUUGCCUAUAAGCACGCAUUGGUUAAUAAAAUGUAUGGAAGAGGUCUCAAGUUUGCCACAAAACUUGCAGAAGAAAAGCCAACAAAGGACAACUUAAAAAACUGCAUUCAGCUAAUGAAGCUGCUUGGAUGGAAUCAUUGUGCAACUUUCACUGCAAAUUGGCUUCCUGUCAUGUAUCCACCUGAUUAUUGUGUAUUCUAGAGAAUCAACAAUUGUAAAAUGAAAAUGAUUUUAUAUGGGACAGGAUAGGAAAAGAGAAGUUUGACUUUUUAUUCGAACGCAUGUUUUCAUUACUGAAUGCUGAUUAUUAAAUUGUGUGUAUUUAUCAGUAAAGGCACCUGGGUAUGGCUUAAUACCUGUUAACCAAACUCCUGUCAUCAGGGAGUUUCCUUAUUGUGCAUCCCAUUGCUGGCAAUGGAUGUGCCAGAACUGCCAACAUCAAGGAUUUGAAAUUAGUUUGGAAAGAAUUACUGCAUGCAUGUUAUGUUCUGAAUUGUUACUUUUAACUGCAAACCUGUAAAAGUUCUGUAUUUUUUAUGGUACACUGAAUUUUAACAUGUUUGAUCUUAAUUUCAAUUGUAUGAAGGCCUUAAAGCUACUUCAAGAGUAGCUGAAAUCUUACUUAAGAAAUGAAAAUAAUGGACACCUGUAUUGUUUGCAAGAGUUUACAUUUAAUGUUUUUAAGAAAAAUUCAACCUCUCGAACUGUUACAAUGGUUCUCAGAAUUGCUGAUGCAUAGGUACUCUUGUAAAUUUUCAAAACUCUUCAUUUUGCAGUGAUUUCAGGCAAACUCAGAAAUCCUGGUGAAGCUGAGUAUCAGGAUAGGCUGAUACAUGUAUAAAAGUGCCAGACAGUUACAUCUUGAUUAGAUAUUGUAAAGCUAUACAUAGAUGUUUAUUAAUGUUAAAAACACAGCAGAAUAAAUGUCCAAAGUUGAUGAUCAAAAAAACACCAUGUUCACUCUGAUACUUUAAAAGACUUUUAUAAUUAAUAAAA